AUGGAUCUGCAUAACUGGAGCUUAGCUGCUCGAGCGGAUUCCGGGACGGACACCUUCCUCGACCUAAUUGCGAAUCCGUUCCGCUCUGCAUUCACGGUCACCGCUAUUUGGGCCUCGCUAGGCACAUCCAUCGGCGUCACGAUUCUCCUCGCCCUCCUCUUCUCCCUUAUCCGACCCCGUCACUCGCUCGUUUAUGCGCCGAAGGUUAAACAUGCAGACCUCAAACACGCUCCACCCCCGGUGGGAAAGGGCCUAUUCGCUUGGCUCAAACCUGUGAUCAAAACACGGGAAGCCCAGCUGGUGGAAACUGUCGGCCUGGAUGCCGCGAUUUUCCUGCGAUUUGUGAAGAUGUGUCGCAACAUCUUCAUUUUCUUGAGCAUUAUUGGAUGUCUUGUCAUGAUACCGGUUAAUAUCACACAAAGCGCCAGUCCCAGCGACUCAUCGGAGUCCUCUGCGUUCAACAUGAUGACUCCACUGAACAUCGUCAACCCCACAGCCAUUUGGAGUCAAGUGGUGUGUGCAUGGGCCUUUGAUCUGAUCAUCAUGUUUUUCUUGUGGAGGAAUUAUCGCGCUGUCCGGAAUCUGCGAAGGCAUUACUUCCAGAGCUCUGAAUACCAGCGGAGUUUGCAUGCCCGAACUUUGAUGAUCACGGAUAUUCCUCCUGCGGAUCGUACCGACGAAGGAAUCUUGCGAAUCACCGACCAAGUCAAUCCUACGGCUGCUUUGCCCCGGGCCUCGAUUGGUCGCAACGUCCGGGAUCUACCAAAGAUCAUUGAAGAGCAUGAAGAAGUUGUACGAGAACUGGAGUCCGUACUCGCCAAAUACCUCAGGAACCCGGAUCGACUUCCGGCCAAGAGACCCAAGAUUCGACCUCCUCGUUCACAGCGAAGCAAACACCCUGGAGGUAAAGUGGACGCAAUCGACUACCUGACCGUUCGCAUCCGAGUCCUGGAAGAAGAAAUCAAGCAUGGACGCGCGUCAAUUGACCGCAGAAACGCCAUGCCUUACGGCUUUGCUAGCUGGGAGAAUAUUGAGCACGCUCACGCCGUAGCAUGGAACUGUCGCCGCAAAAAGCCUCAGGGUACCAUCAUCGGACUUGCGCCACGGCCCAGUGAUCUUAUCUGGGAAAACCUGCCAUUGACGAAGUCGGCUCGGAAGUGGAAACGAUUUGUCAAUUUCAUCUGGGUCACAUGCUUGACACUUGUAUGGAUCGCUCCUAACGGUCUGAUUGCCGUCUUUUUGUCCAACUUGUCCAACCUGGGUCUUGUUUGGCCGGCGUUCCAGACUUCUCUGGAGGCCAAUCCGAACGUCUGGGCCGCUGUCCAGGGUAUUGCCUCGCCUGCACUUACUUCGCUCGUUUACCUCGUGCUUCCGAUCAUCUUCCGUCGACUUUCCAUUCAGGGUGGUAGCAAAACCAAGACAUCCCGAGAGCGUCACGUUCUGGGGCAUCUUUAUGCCUUCUUUGUGUUCAACAACUUGAUUGUUUUCUCGCUUUUCUCUGCUGCCUGGGGUUUCGUGACAAUUGUUGUCGAUAAGACCAACAAUCAUGAAAAUGCUUGGCAGGCUAUCGUAGAAAGUCGGAUCUACUCCAAGAUGGUGAGUGCUUUGUGCACUGUGUCGCCAUUCUGGGUCACCUAUCUCCUGCAGCGAAACCUGGGAGCUGCAAUCGAUCUCGCACAACUGGUUACCAUGGCUUGGUCUAUCGAGUGGACGGCGCCGCCAGCAUUCGACUACGCCAGCUACUACAACUACUUCUUGUUCUAUGCCACGGUAGCAUUCUGCUUUGCUACUCUUCAACCGAUUGUGUUGCCCGUGACAGCACUCUACUUUGGAGUUGAUGCCAUUCUCAAGAAGUACUUGUUGAUGUACGUCUUCAUCACCAAGAACGAAUCCGGUGGCAUGUACUGGCGAGUUUUGUUCAAUCGCAUGAUUUUCGCUACUAUCCUUGCCAACGUGAUCAUUGCCCUGGUGGCCAAAGCUCGCGGUACCUGGACGAUGGUAUUCUGUGUGGUUCCUCUGCCCUUCCUGAUGAUCGCAUUCAAGAUUUAUUGCAUGAAGACCUUCGAUAUCGAUUGCGAAUUCUACAACCGCGCAAACUUGAACGACGCCGAGGCAUUGGGUGCACAGAAGACCGACAAGAAGGCUGCGGAACGGUUGAACUCCAAGUUUGGACAUCCCGCCCUCUACAAGCCACUUUUGACCCCCAUGGUGCACGCCAAGGCCGCGGAGGCAUUGAAACAGAUUUACCAAGGUCGUCUGGAUCACGGAGACAUGGGUGGCGAGUACUCAGAUGUGGCCAUGAACCCUAUGCUCCCAUCGCAGCCUGGCAAAUCGUCAACCGAUCCAUCGCCCUUCGAGGUUGUUCCUGAAAACCAUUUGGACUUCUCAUACUACAAGAACCGCGCGGACUUCCGCGACGAGUUCGGCGGCGGUAUCUACGGUCGACCCGAAGACUUGAUGACAGAGCGCUCCCACACACCUCGUAGCCACUUGGGAGGUGAGUGGUCGCCCGGCUCAUCCCGCGCCUCCUCACCGGCCCCCUCGCUGCCCACGAUAGCACCUUUGAGGAUAAACGAAGUCUCCGAGCAUUCUGAUCCUACAGGGCUUGUUCACCCAGCCUUCAGAGUGCCGCUUUCUCGAGGCGACAGUGGCACUUCAGUUCCUGGUGUCUAUUCACACGGCGAUGAAGCCGAGUCAGGUCUUCUCAGUCAUGCACAAGUCCCUGCACAGACGGAGAUGGCUAAUCCGAUUGAUCGCUGGCGCACUCGUGGCUAUGGUCCUGUCGAUCAAGACGAAGACGAGCCUUCAUACACGUCCUACGAAGCAUACCGCGCGCAGCGCUGA